AUGCAAGGUUCCACCAAGAUGCAAGUGGUGCAGCUGAGUCCCAAGCUUAAGGCGCCAAGGCAGGAAUAUGAGGACGAGGAUGCGGAUGUGGAUAUGGGCACGAAUAAGGAGAAGGAGCCAGUACGUGUUACUCCAGAACUGAGGCGCGGCAGGGGGAAGCGGCCAGUGAACCUCUUGUGUUCGGAGGAGCUGUCGGAUGACGAGAAAAAUCGAGUUCGUGAGCUAGUACUCCUCUUAUGCAACCCCGACACCAGUGGCGACAACAGACGGCCAAGAGGCGAAAUGAUAGAACAGUGGACGCCUAACUCACCUGUCGUCACUCAUGUAAUCGCCCAUUGUACGGCGGACAGAGAGCUGCUUCCGCCAACCAAGAAUGUGGCCAUCGGAGUGGCAACUGGUGCCUGGGUGGUGACCAUGAAGUGGGUCACCACGUGCCUAGAGAAGAGGUGCCUGCUACAUGAGACUGAGUACGAGGCUCGCGAUGCAACGGGGCGCAAGGGCCCUAAUCUCGCACGACGGGCGCAGAACCACCGAACCUCUCUGCUGCACGAUUUCGUCUUCUCCCGCAUGGAUAAUGAAUACUUGUCCGAAGAUGAAAUGCGGCAUCUGGUGCGACUGUCUGGAGGGCAGAUUGAAAAAUUUCCACCUUUAGCGUCGGCCCAACCGAAUCGACACUUUAGCAAACUCAAGCGCGAACCCAAGCGCGAGCUCAAGAGGCAAACCUAACUGUCGGCCCAGAACAAGCUGCAGCUGAUAUUAUGCGGCGACGAAGGAGACGCGGAAGGUCAGACGCACGUCAAUGGAAUUUCAUUUUUCUGCACAUUUUUGUAACUUCGAGAUACUGCCACUUUGUCCACAAGAUUUAAUUCGAUAUUUAGGCAUAUUUUAGU